UUUUUGUUAUCGUUUCAUCAGUCGCUCGCCCAAUAUAUUUCUCUCUCUGCGUGCUCGAUUGAUACUCUUGACUUCACCGAGUUCUUCAAGAAAUCUCUCCUCCUAUCACAGAUUGAUAGAGCAAGUACCGAAAGAUUGCUUUUUUGAUUAUUCUAGGUCUGGAAUCCAUAAAUCCAUACUGCAAGGAGGGAAAGAAGGGGGAUUGUGCCUUUGGGCUUCAGAUAGAUGGGCGGCGGCGGCUUCCAUGGCUGAGUUUAGGCGUCAAUGCGAACUGCUGGGAACUUACAAAUUGAAAGCUAGGGUUUUGGCUUGAGACAGCGGUGAUUUUUAGUGGUUUGUGAGAUGGAAUCUAGGUUUAGAAGCUGGUAGCAUAUUUUGAUGGAGGAGUAGGUUCUGGAGUUGAUCGGAAGCGGAUCGGUUGGGGUUGGUGAGUCUGAGGGCUGGUGGAGAUUCCUCCUCUGGAAGCUGCAGCGUUUUAGGUUUUUGGCGAGUCUGAAGUCUGGUGAGUGAUCCUGCGCCUCAUCAUGGAACAGGUCAUCGGUGGAAAGUUCAAGCUUGGGAGAAAGAUUGGAAGUGGAUCUUUCGGAGAAUUAUACCUGGGUGUUAACAUACAGAGUGGGGAUGAAGUAGCCGUCAAGUUGGAAUCUGUAAAGACAAAGCAUCCUCAGCUUCAUUAUGAAUCCAAACUUUACAUGCUUCUUCAGGGAGGAACUGGAAUUCCUCACCUGAAGUGGUUUGGUGUCGAGGGUGAGUACAAUGUAAUGGUCAUUGACCUUCUUGGGCCGAGCCUCGAAGACUUGUUCAACUAUUGCAAUCGAAAGUUCUCAUUAAAAACUGUGCUCAUGCUUGCUGAUCAGAUGGUUAACCGUGUUGAAUACAUGCAUUCAAGAGGCUUUCUUCACCGUGAUAUUAAGCCAGACAAUUUUCUCAUGGGCUUAGGACGCAGAGCCAAUCAAGUGUAUAUUAUUGAUUAUGGUCUUGCAAAGAAAUAUAGAGAUCUCCAAACUCAUAAACACAUUCCGUACAGAGAAAAUAAAAAUCUAACGGGGACAGCACGGUAUGCUAGCGUUAACACUCAUCUUGGUGUUGAACAGAGCAGGAGGGAUGAUUUGGAAUCUCUUGGUUAUGUCCUAAUGUAUUUUUUAAGAGGAAGCCUUCCUUGGCAGGGCCUCAGAGCUGGUACCAAAAAACAAAAGUAUGAUAAAAUCAGCGAGAAGAAAAUGCUUACUCCUGUUGAGGUGCUGUGCAAAUCAUAUCCACCUGAAUUUGUAUCUUACUUACACUAUUGCCGGUCAUUGCGAUUUGAAGACAAACCAGAUUAUUCUUAUUUGAAGAGACUUUUCCGUGACCUUUUUAUUAGAGAAGGUUAUCAGUUUGAUUAUGUUUUUGACUGGACUGCAUUAAAAUAUCCUCAAGUUGGUGCUGAAGGCAGAGCAAAUGCCAGUGGUAGAGCAAGUGGAGCAAUCGGACCUUCAGUGGAACGAACAGACAAGGCUUCAGUGGGACAAGAGUUUUGUGAUAAAUUUUCCGGUGCGAUGGAAUCAUUUGCUAGGAGAGGGGUAUCUGGUGUUGGCCAUCAUGGAGAGCAUUCCAAGCACAAAGUUUUGGAGGAUGCAACAUCAAAGGAUGUUCUGGAUUCAGAGAAAGCACAAGCAUCCUCUUCUGGGAACGCCGGCGGACUCUCCAAGCGGGCUAUCAUCUCAAGCAGCCGCCAAGGGUCUGCGGAACCCCCCCGAUUGGUCUCAAGCGGCGGCGGUGGCAAUCACUCUGCCGUAAAACAGAGUAGUCUGAAUCAACCUCCAGCCGAAUUCAGGCCGUCGACGCUUUCCCGACCCGCCAUCGCACGAACUUCCCGGGACGAAAAUCCCGGCAGAAGCUUCGAGCUCCUCUCCAUCAGCGCCGAGAAGAGGAAAUAACAAAAGGCUUUUCAUUAGAACCAGUAUAUCUAUAGAAGCAGGUGGGUGGUAUAUAUGUAAAUCAACUUGUGUAUAAAUUUCCCUCACAAGCUUUUGUAUGGUGGGGGACUUUGGAUUGGGAGGAAUGGGUGUAUUGCUAUUAUGCUCAUCAUUGUUUGUUGGCUACAUUUUCAUUAUAAAUAAAAAUAUAGAACAUUUU